AGAGGAUUAUAACAACCUUUUUUACUUUGGAACUGGGAAGCAUCCAAGCAUGCCAGCUGCUUAGCUCAUUGGAUUACAAGCUGCAUAAUUUUUCAGUCAUGCUUCUGGAAGGCGGAAGGAGUUAACAUCCUGAGGCACCCAGCCAGUUAGGAGCAUUCAGGUGUGACUGUUCUUUCAUUCCUUGACUGCGUGCAGUUACAGUGCAAACACCUUAGAAAGCAGCAGCCAUUGGAGUUGCAGAAACAGCUCUGAUCAGGAGAUACUAGAAAAUGGCUGACCCAGAAUCAACUUGUCCCAAGGAGCAGUCUCUGGAAUUGGUUUGUAAUGAAUCCAACCCUGUGGCAAAUGGAUCACAGUUUUGUGAAGAAGAGUCUGAGAGUGUAGAACUGAAAAAAGAAGGGGAACCUCUGUCAGAGCUGGAAAGGGAAGGCAACCACAGCAACGGAGCAGACCUGGGAGAUGAUCUGACUGAAAAUGGAUCCAAGGAGGAGCCACCAGGUCAACCUGGUGUGAUUGGGAAAGGGGAAGCAAUGGAAGAAGAAGAGGUCCUUUGUGACUUUUGCUUGGCUGAGAAGGUGCAGGCAGUGAAGUCCUGCCUGACCUGUAUGGUCAAUUAUUGCCAGGACCACUUGCGUCCUCACCUGGAGAAUGCCAAACUGCAGACCCAUAAGCUUAUGGAUCCAUUGAAGGACAUUGACAUGCAGAGCUGUGAGGCCCACAAGAGGCACCUCAACUGGUUUUGCCACAGUGAUAUUGUGUGCGUCUGUGAGGAGUGCCUCGCUGAUGGGCACCAGGGACACACGGCUGUUACCUGUGCAGUCGCCAGGAAAGAAAAGGAGCAUGAACUUCUUCAGCUCCAAGCAGAAUAUGACUGGAAACUGAGGUCAGCUGAAAAUGCAAUUGUUAAACUGCAGAAGAAUUCGGAGUCUAUAGUGAGUUCGGUGUCUGAAGUGAAAACCUUAGUGGAAGAGAAGUUUGAGGAGCUGCUACAAGCGGUCAAGAAGACUCACUCCGUUGUGCUAGCUUUCCUAGAGGAGAAGGAGCGUGCUGCAGUGAACCACGCCAAUGGAAUAAAGAUACACCUGGAGAACAAGCGAGUGACGAUGGAGGAAUGUAAGAACAGGCUGGAGAAGAUGGCCACACAUACCAAUGACAUCAUCUUCCUAAAGGAAUACUGUGAAUUCAAGAAGAGUGCAGGAGAUGACACACUGCCCAGUGUGUACAUUGGCCUAAAAGACAAAUUGUCAGGCAUCCGAAGGGUGGUCUCAGAGUCCACUGAACAUCUUUUACACCUAUUGCAAACUUCCUAUAAGGAUAAGUUGCAGGAGUUUGCCAAAGAUGAAGAUGCUGGCAUCAAAACAAUGGUGUCUGCAAUUGUCCCAUCCAAGCACCGCCUAUCAGCUCCAGAACCCAAAAGCAGGAGUGACUUCUUGAAAUACACCUGCCCAUUAACGUUUGACCCAGUUACUGCUCAUCGCUAUUUGAGGCUCUUGGAUGACAACCACAAGGUCACAAACACCACCCCGUGGGAGCACCCAUAUCCGGAUCACCCAGAGAGAUUUCAGCACUGGCGCCAAGUGCUGUCGGGCAAGAGCUUAUAUAUUGGUCGCUACUACUUUGAAGUUGAGAUCUCUGGGGCUGGCAUUUACAUUGGCAUGACAAACAAGAGCAUUGAUCGGAAAGGUUCAGAGAGCAACAGCUGCAUCUCGGGCAAUGACUUCUCCUGGUGCAUUAAGUGGAAUGGCAAAGAGUUCGCUGCUUGGCACAGCGAUGUGGAGACACCAUUGAAAACUGAGGGGUUCAGCAGGAUAGGCACCUACCUGGAUUACCCCAGAGGCACCCUCUCCUUUUAUGGCAUUGAGUCGGAAUCCAUGACCCUCUUGCAUACAUUUGAGUGCAAGUUCGCUGAACCUCUGUACCCAGCUUUCUGGUUAUCAAAGAAAGAAAACAGCGUGCGGAUUGCGAAGUUGCGGGAGGAGGCUGAGCAAAAUCCAGCCCUUCUUCCUCCCUCAGGAGAAGCACUUUCUUCCAGCACAGUUUUGGCCCCUCAGAGCGAAGGAGAGGCAAGUUCAAAGGCUGUGGAUUCAGGACGGAGCCUAUGAUCGUGAGUGAUGUGAUCAUGGGGCAAGAUCA